AAGAUUUCUUGUUCCUUCAAUAUCGUAGAUGCCGUCCACAUUAACGACGAUGGCGCUCACGAAUGGCGUGCACGUCAGUGGGGAGACUGAACACUCUCCAGAAGGUGACCUUGUUACCUCUCCGUACACGAGUCGCGCUAUCAGUGUGAAGAUUGGCAGUAGCAAUGCAAGCUAUACCAUUCUCCAAGCUCAUGUCGACCAAUAUCCAGCGCUCAAAGCGCACAUGAACCAAAAGAAGGCAGAUGCUCCGAUUGAGCUACCUGAUGUCGAUGAAGAGGUUGCACAUACGCUGAUUCACUUUAUCUACACACAGCAAUACCAAUCGCUCGGCUUAGGGGGCAUUCCGGAAAAUGUUCGAGCAAAAGCCGAGUUCAAGCGCAGUAUUCUGGCGUAUUUCGCGGCCAGAUUGUGUGAAAUAAGUACGCUCGAAGUGCUCACCAAAGAGAAGAUGGAACACUUCAGUAAACGGAUCUCGAUUUACGACGUGCAAGAGAUCAUUACGAGUGUCGCGACUAAGCUACCAAAAGACGACAUUUGGUUCCCGGAACAUCUAUACCGGUGGGUGAAGGGGAUUCUUCGCGAAAACGACACGAUUGUCUCACAGGAACGCCUUUUGAAUGUCGUUGGCAAAUGUCCGCUAUUCGACAAGGCGCUCUUUAAAAGCGUUGCGGAGAUGUACUGCGAGCAGGCGGCCGUGGUCAAUCUCCUCACAAGGCAAGAGUCCGGGCCACAAGCAGCAGAUAGUGCGAAAAAGACUGAAACCGCCGAGGAUGAUCUUAAAGUGAACGGUCAAGAUCGAUGGGACGAGCAAGUCAGCGAGCAAGCUGAAAGAUUCAUGUCAGAAGAGAGUCACGUUGAAGAGCAAGGUGUCCCAAACGACAGCUCAGAGACCAAUCUUGAGCUGAAUCCAACAUCGGCAGAGUCACAGGCUGGUAAUGAAGACUUGGCCGUAAAAGGGGUAGAAAAUGGCCAAUCACAGCCAGAUGAGAUGGUCGUGCCCCUAAAAGAUUCAGAAGCUGUUGGAAGCGACGAACAUGGCAGUGCGAGAGACGAUGAAUCUACAAAGAUUGAGGUUGCAAGCAAGGAGGACUCAGAGGUUGAAGCAGCCUUGCUGAAGGCAAAUCUGAGCAGCAGCAGUGGCAAGAAGAAGAAGACAAAGAAGAAGAAGGCGGCAGCAACUGGGCCGUAGGGCAAGUACAUAUUGCACCCACCUAAGUG